UGUUUCUGAUUGUUGAAUAAAAAUGACGAAAGAAAAUGCUUGGCCUGAUAUUUGGCAAGGCUGGAAAUGUACUACACAGUACAUUGAUUCCAGUUGUGCAUGCUCAAGAAGUACAAAUGAACCAAUCAACGAAUGACAGUGUUUGGGAACGACUGAAAGCGAUAACAAAUCGAAACGAAUAUGGCGGUUUAUCACAAGAAAUGGCCAGUAUGAUAGCAUACGUUCAGAACAGCAUCAUAAUUGGAGUUGCAAUAGGCGGUUCAAUCUUUACAAAGAAUCAGUACAUGGACUUUAUGGAAAAUGCCUCGGCAAGUCAAUACAAAUGGCAUACAGACGCCAAAGCGGAUUUAACCAACAAAAUGGUUAAGGGUGGUAUCAGAGGAGCACUCACUUGGGGUGUGAAAAGCUUUUAUGUAUCAAUUACAUUUGCAACUCUAAUCAAUUUCAUACCAGUUUUUCGGAAUGAACACAGUUGGCAAGAGUUUAUAACAGCCGGAUUAGUCAGUGGUACACUGGCUGGUUACUUAUUUAGCGAUCCGGUUGCACUGGGAUUCGAAACGAAGAAACACACCGGCAAAUAUUCAUACAGGACGCAAUGCAUUUUGAAAGGGACUGGAUAUGGUUUGAUCUUUGGAGCGCUGGCUGGAGUAUAUUCGCUGCAUUCAGGGAAUCGUUUGAGUGCUAACGAACUGAAAAAAUGGGAGCAAUACUGGAAACAACGACUUGGGACUAAUCAAGAGAAAACCGAGUGAAAUUAGUUGCUUGCAUCGAGUAGCCAUAGUUAGAAUUAUCUCAUGCUAAGUUGGAUUUGUAGACGAUCAUUGAAUUGGAAUAAAGAAAAUAUUUAUUGUU